AAGGAUGUCAUUUCACUCCCGAUAGUUUCGAUAAUCUCACCCUGGUAGAAGGAAAGAUUUGAAAACUUUUUCGCGGGGUUGUCGUCAUCCUCCGAAUGUUCCCAGUGCGCCGGCGCAGUGGAUGCGAGCGUAAGUGUGGAUGUUCCAACCUUCCGAACACAUCCCAGGAUACGAGGAGCUCCGAGACCAGUACUAAGCUGGAAGUUUUUCUCCCCGGUUCUUUUCUAUCUCAGGUGUCAUGCCAGGCGGAAGUCUCCAAAAGAUCUCCCUUCUUGGGUUGUGGUUUUUAGGGCCUUGCCGAUACCACGAAGACCCAUCGUAAAGGCCUGACCUUCCUCAUAGAGCUUUAUUUAUAUGUGCAAAUUGUGUAUUUAAAAAAUCGUCUGAAAUUUGUUUGUUCUUGUGUCGUAUUUUUUUUCCAUCGAGCGCAUCAUCAUUUAUUCGUGCAAUAUUUUUAUUCCUCCAAAAGUUCUACAUAUUAGUUGCAGCUUUACAACUCGAUUUCUGAAGAAUUGUAUUUAAUUAUUGGUCUAUUUGGAUUUCUGAAAUUCUGCAAACAAUAGUGCAUUGGAAUAAUAAGCUAAAAAAAGGUAUUUCUCCCUAAUAUUUAUUUCAACAGAUUCUAUUAGAGUUCAAACAUUUUUUUACUAAUUUAACAUUUGUAAAUAAGCAUUAAUUUUGCAAAAAGGGAACAUUUUUCAAUACUGAGAAUAAAUACGCAGCUUCUUUAAUAAUUCUUUUUUGUACAGAAACUUAGAUGGAUUGUCAAUUGUGUGUUCAAAAGCGCCAUGCGUGUCUAAUAUUAACUAAUAUCAAACUAACUGUUAUAAUUAGUUCUAGUAUUUAUUUAAUAAACUUUAUGACGGCUUGUUGUGUUGAACUUGGAAUGUUCAUUGCAUAUUUACCAUCAGUAACUGUGAAAUUCUCGGAACCAAGUUAGUGUGUAUUUUGGAUUGUAUUCAUUUCAAAGACCCUUGCCUUUUCCUUAUACUACCUCAUACAAUUAAAACCGUGAUAGGUCAUGCGCCUCCCCAUUGUGUUUCAAGUCCUCCGGCAUUUGUUGCUGGUUCUCCUCUGCCUGAGCUCCUUAUGGUUGGUGACUCCGUGCUUGGACAUCUCCACGAGAAACGAUUCCAGCGGAUUAUGUCUUGGUGGGAAAAAAUAUCCGAAACAGCGAAGACAGAACGACAACUUCUCGAUGAAAGCAGUGGCGGAAGCGGCUCAAACAAGAGCCUACCUGUCACCGGCCGUGUUCCUUGGGUCCUUGCGGAGUGUCCUUGUCCAGAGGGAUGGAACUAUUCGUGCCUGGUUCUCUAUGGACAGUGCACUUAAAACAAACACUUCUUUGAGUGAUGUACCAAAGAAUGAGGACAUUGAAGUAGUUUACUAUAGGAGCGGAGAACACUGUAUUCUGGAGAUGAACCAGGAUAAUUUGAAACUUGGCAGUCAGUACCUUGUGUUUGGCAAGUUCUCUGGAACAAACUCUUGGCCAUCACUGACCGCCACUGCUUUACCCAUUCCGAACGAGAAACGAACUUUACGGGCUGUAAAGAAAAUUCUGUGUAAAGAUUGCGCGAAAGCUCCGAGCAUAUCAGGUUUAGAGAAGGUGAAAGUAGUAGAAGGAAGUAAAGUACGACUGAACUGCCACCUAGCGGGGAACCCUAUUCCAUGGAUUGAGUGGUACAAAGACGGUGUCAAAGUCACCAGCAAAGGUCGCAUACGGGUCAAAACAAAAAGGAGGACCUCAAGACUUGUGAUACGUCGAGCUCGCCUGUCUGAUCGUGGAGUAUACGAAUGCAGAGCUGGAAACAUUGUGCAGCACGAACCCGCUUCCGCCAAAGCUACAGUCGCAGUUACUAAAAAGAAAAAGCCCAAAAAGCCACUUACUACAGCUUCACCAGCACCGCCUUCCACAACAGUUUCUUCUACAGAAUCCAGUCCAUGGACGACAGAACCUUGCCCAACAUCAGAUUUUUGCCUCAACGGAGGAACGUGUGUCUUCUAUAGAGUUGUCAGGGAAUAUGUUUGUUAUUGUGCGGAGGGAUACAUUGGUCUGAGAUGUGAUUACAAAGACGUCAGUAUUUCUGUGGGAGAAGUUAAAAAUCUGGAUCAAAAUCAUGAUCGUCUCUUCAUUGACAUUCUGGUUCUCUUUCUGAUUUUCUUUUGUUUAAACUGGGCUUGCCUCGGAAUCUGCUGGUUAUGUUGUUUCAGAUGUCAGCAUAAAAACUGGGGAAAAUUCCGUGAGAUGGCGCCACUACAAAGAUUCUUCAGGAGCGGAGACUUCCAUGGCGAGACUGAAGAAAAAACAUCAGUCGAUAUUGCUUUGGAGGUGACUAACAGUCGCAAAAACUCCGACUGUGAAAAACAGAAUGAAUAUAACAAGCAAAAUACUGAUGAUAUUAAAGUCAGCCAAAUCGAAAGCUGAAGUGUUGUUUCCUGAAUUAAAAGCAAACUGCUCCUAAGAUAUGAAACAUCUCGUAGUGGUUGUGUAUUAAAAUCAGGCAAUGUGGAGCAAUGAAAACGCCCAAAGAAUCAAAGCCCUGUUUUAAAAUUAGUUCUUUUUUUUCACUUGCUGUCGAGCCAAUUUUUUUUUUUUGAAAAGUUAAUACUUAAAUUUUGAAUUUAAAUGAAUUUGCAUUGCUGUGAUCAGGUUCCAUACCCCAUACUUUGAUUUAUUAAUAAUUAUACAAAAGAAAAUUGAUAAAAUUUCAUGCAAAACUUUGAAAAAAUUUGAGAAAACGUAUGGAGUAUGGGGCGAUUAUAUUAAUUACUGCCAGCCAUUUUCAUACAUCAAAUGAGCCUUCUGGGUUGGAAAUUAAAAUCAAAAUAUUGUAGUUUUUUUAUUUGUUCUUUUUCGUGUUCUUGUUCCUUUUUGUUAUAUUUAUUUAUGAAUACACGGAAAAAUUUAAGAUUUUUUGUUCCUUCUUCUUUUGCUUUUAAUCUUUUUAAUAAACUAAAUCUUUUUAUGAAUAUUUAUUUUCUUUUUUUCAAUAAGAGACGUUAAAAGUAACGUGUAAAAUAUUUCCUCAAUAUGCCAAAUUAGGCUUCAAAAAUUAUCUGAAAUAAAGAUUUUGGUUAAUUAGUCUUUUGUUAUUUUGAGAAAAAGUUCUGAAACAUUUUUCCAUAUUUGCCACCUCAAUUCAAUCUUUCAAUCUUAAUGUAUGGCAGAAUAGAGUGCUUUUAGCAUAUUUCUGAAUAUUUACUUUAAAAUCUAUGAAACCAUUACUUUUAAAUGUGCCUGAAAAUGCUAUAAGAAAUUUGAAAUCUUACACCAUCUCUGUAUAUUUUAAAAAUGAAUUUAUAAAAAACGAAAAAGAAAAAGGCAUUCAAAAUAACGGAUAUGAUACAUUCCGCAAAAAAUAACCGAAAUUCUGAAACUGUUUUUCUUUUUAAUUGUUACAAGCAGUUACUAAAUGCCUCUUAUCUGAAAUAUGCUUCACUUACUCUAGAGAGAUAUCAAAAUUUUGUGCUUCUAGUCCAUUGUCAAUCAAAAGAGUGAUCGGGAUUUCGUCCCAGUCAAACACAUAACCAUUGCUGUUGUAGUUGUCUAUAUUUCUUUUUUCCAUUUUGUAUAAAAUUCUGUAAAGAGAACUUUAAAAAAAAUAUCUUCUCUUCCAUUAAAAUUAUCUUUUGUAUAAUUGUACAAAUUAUUUUGUUGUUUGUAUAUAUAUGUGCAAGUUAUGUAAGAUCGCCAUCAUCAAAAUAUUUAAUUUAUUUGUCGCGAAAAAAUUAUUUAAUUGAAAAAUAAAAUUAAUUUAAUUACCU